CAGGUGCCAGCCUGCGCGCCGUCGCCAGGAGGGUGCUCCGGCAUGCCCCCGGCUCCGCGUGGGAGCCGGGCCAGCAGGCGGCGGAGGAGGAGGAGGAGGAGGGGCUCGACGCCGCCGGCGCGGGCGCCCAUGCGGGCGGCGGGGCGCUGCCCGCGUGCUCCGUGUCGAUCCUGGGGCUGCCGGGGGACUGCUCGGAGCACCUGCAGCUGGCCUUCGACACCUGCGCCGGGGUCUGCCGGGCCUUCGCCUGGCUGCAGGGCCAGUUCCCGGUGGCCGCCAUGGAGAACCGCUUCUGCUGCGCCACCGCGCUGGGGUGGCGGUGCCUGGACUGCCGGCUGGCCGUGCAGGGUGCCGACGGGCAGGUGCAGAGGUGCCGCGUGACGCUGACGCACAGGCUGUUCGGCAAGAUGGGCGGGCGCUGCCUGGAGGCCCUGGCACAGCUCAAGGCGGUGCUCGAGAGGUACCAGAUCGAGAGCGCGAGCUCCGUCGUCCCCGAGUACCUCCUCGGCUACCUCACCAGGGAUCCCGCGAAGGAUGCGGGCAGCAGCACCGUGGACGAGCUGAGGGCCACGCUGGCCGCGGGGGCUCACCCUGGGGCCACGGACGCUGCAGGCUGGUCCGCGCUGAUGGUCGCGGCGCAGACGGGCGACUUGGAGGCGGUCCGGGUGCUGGCGAAGCGGGAUCCAGACAUCCUGAAGCACAGGAACCGCCGAGGCCAGUCCGCGCUGAUGUGGUGCCUCUUCCGGCGCAACCGCGAGCUCGAGGACCGGACUCCGGAGCCACGGGGUCACGACCACCGCGGCGGACCUGGAGGGCCUGGCGCGGCUGCAGAGCACCCAGCAGGCGGCGAAGGACCAGGGGGACAGCACCACGCUCUCGCUCCUCGACGCGCGGGUGGAGCACCUCGAGGCCGUCGGGGUGGCGGCCAAGGGCCGGCAGCAGAUCGACGAGGCCCUGAUGAGCCGCAGGUCGGGGGCUCUUUCCCUCCUUCUGCCGUCGGCGUGCUGGAGGGCGAGGGCGGCGUCGAGGCCUUCGUGCUCGAGCGUACGGACGGCACGCUCGCGGGGCGGCUCCCGGGCGCCGAGGAGGCGCUGCGUGCCGGCGACCGCGGGGCGGUGUUCGGCGCCUUGCGCGACCACUCGCGGGGCCUCCGGGCCACGGUCGCCGAGGCCCCAGGGGCGCUCUCGCGCGCGAGGGCGCAGCACGCGCCGCCCGGCGCCGCCCCGGGCGUGCUGUGCGGCGCGCUGGCGCUGCUGCCGCGGGGCGGCCAGUGGCUGCGCUUCGGCGCGGCGGAGCGGGCGGGGCCCUGGCAGUUCGACUUCCGGGCGCAGCAGGGCGAGCAGAUCCUCGAGGUCCACUUCGACCAGAGGGGCCGGUGCAUCGACGCGACCACCGGGCCCAUCCGCUUCGCCGGGAUCGAGGGCGUGGGCACGCUGGGGCUGGAUUGGGACGCCUCCCACACGGGCGGCCAGGGGCUCGAGGCGUGGCUGCUGGACAGCCUGGAGCAGGCGUGGCAGGCCGAGUGGCAGCGGAGGCAGCCCAGGCCCCCGCAGAGGGACCUCCUGGAGUGGAGCGACGGCAGCUCCAUGAGGGGGCUCGUGGAGUCCGCGAAGCUCUUCACCCUCACCAAGGUGGCGGAGGGCGUACCGGCGAGCCCUCGGACGAUCUUCGCGCUGCACGUCCACCUCAUGAGGUCCAGGAUCUGCUCGGAGUGCACCCGCGCGAUGCUGGGCUGCGACCCCCGGCUCCAGAGGCUGUGGAGACCCUACGUCGGCCACAUCCUGGGCGCCCUGCGCGAGCUCCCCUUCUACCAGGGCAUCGUCUACCGCGGCAUCGCGGUGGAGGACCUGGCCUCGCUGGCGUCCGGAGCACCGGCCAGCGUCGCCUCCUUCCUGGACGGCCACGGCGGCAUCGACGUCGGCAAGGAGCUGAGGUGGCGAGGCUUCACGGCGGCCACGCGCGACCCGCGCGUGGCCAUGAGCCUGAUAUCGGCGGGGCGCCGGGGCGCUUCGGCGGCCCAGGUGACGAGGGCGCGGGUGUGGGCCGGGGACGCGGUCGAGGCGGUCAUGUUCGAGUACGAGCGAGGUCAGCGGCGGCUCUUCGGGCAGGCUUCCUGCAACGAGCGGAACGCGUGGGAGGUGCCGCGCGGGGAGCAGAUCGUCAGGGUGCACUGGCGCUCCGCGGGCGAGGGGUCUGGGUGCUCGUUCGAGACGUCGGCGGGCACGCUGAGCCCUUGGUACGGAGCCCAGGAUGGCGAGGUCCAAACUCUCGCCGCGUCGGACGGCUGCCACAUCACCGGCCUGACGCUCCCCGGGGCCAGCGCGCGCGGCGCGCCGCCGGGCCUCGAGGAAGCCCCGCAGGGCCUGCCGGUGAUCCUCACCGUCAGCGGGGCGGGCGCGGCGGAGGCCAACGGCCUCUUCGAGCUGCGCCACGGCGCGCCCCCGGGGCCGCAGGAGGGGCAGGCCGGCAAGCCGUACUACUGGGCGAGGUCGGACAGUUCGGGCACCAUCAUCCGGUACGAGGCCGCCCGCAAG